AUGAUCACCGCAUCCAACAUCAAGACCAUCCUAGCCGAGAGGGCACCCUGGCUCAAUGCAGACGAUUUCACGGCUGCUGCCCACGUCUUCCCCAUGCGAGCCAACAACUACGUCGUUGACCAGCUUAUCAACUGGAACGACGUGCCCAACGAUCCGAUCUUCCGCCUCGUCUUUCCCCAGCCUGCCAUGCUGGCUGAAGACCAGCUGGAACGCGUCAAGCUCGCCCUGCGUCACAACCGAGACGGCGUUGUGCUCAGAGCCAUCGCUGAGCAGGUGCGGGCAAAGCUGAACCCUCACCCCGCCAAUCAAAAGACCGAAAACGUGCCCAAGGAUACGACCGAGCAGAGCGACGGUUCCCUGCCGGGCAUCCAGCACAAGUAUCGCGAGACGGUCCUCUUCUUCCCCACGGAAGGGCAAUACUGUCACAGCUUCUGCACGUACUGCUUCCGCUGGGCGCAGUUCACCGCUGUAGGCUCGGAGCAGGCUUUCCAGUCGAAGGAUGCGGCCCGGCUCGUCGAGUAUCUGGCCCGCAGCCGUGAUGUAAGCGAUCUGCUCUUCACUGGCGGCGAUCCGAUGGUCAUGAAGACAAAGCACUGGGAGAACUACCUCCUUCCGAUCCUGCAGAGCAAGCGCCUUGGCCACAUUGCAACGAUCCGAAUCGGAACCAAGUCGCUCGCAUACUGGCCAGAGCGGUUCGUCAACGACCCAGAGGCGGCAUCGACCUUGGAACUCUUCAAGCGGAUCUGCGAUAGUGGUCGGCACCUGUCGAUCAUGGCGCACUUUUCCCACUCUGCCGAGCUGGAACCCCCGCUGGUGAAGGAGGCAAUCCGCCGGAUCCGUGCUUCCGGUGCUCAGAUCCGAUGCCAAGCGCCACUGAUUCGUGGGAUCAACGACGACCCAAAAAUCUGGGCCAACAUGUGGCGUGUACAAGCCCGCCUCGGCAUGGUGCCAUACUACAUGUUUGUCGAACGCGACACUGGUGCCAAGCACUUCUUCGAAGUUCCUCUCCAUCGAGCCUUUGACAUCUACAAGACUGCCCUUUCAAGCGUGGCAGGCACAGCACGGACGGUCAUCGGACCGUCGAUGUCCGCCUCUCCUGGCAAGAUCCAGAUUGUGGGCAUCGUCGAGCUCCCCUCGCCUACACCUGGAGCUGGUGCCCAGCAGCCCACACACGAAAAGGUCUUUGUCCUGCGUUUCCUGCAGGCACGCAACCCGGCGUGGUGCCGAGAGACCAUGUUUGCACGCUUCGAUCCCCAGGCAAGCUGGUUCGACGACCUGACGCCCGCCUUCGGUGCUGACGGCUGGUUCUUUGAGGACGAGUACCGAGAUAUCCGUCAGAGGGCAGGCACGAUGGGUUCGAGCGGCCAGCAGUUCCCACUGGACCAAGCGAUGCGUUCGAUGAUUCGUGACGAUGCGACACCGGACUCACUUUGA